AUGGAUCAUGCUAAAAGUGUACUCAAGAAAAUUGCCCAAGGGCAUGCUGCCUCGGCCGUAAGAGUUGCCACUAAAGGCAUGUAUUUAGAAUUGUACAAUUACGGCUAUAUACGAACCAAAUCCUUUGACUUAAUGAAGUCAAUGUAUGAUUCGCCGCAAAAGAUAUUUUUCGAAUGUCUUAAGGAAUAUUCAAAUUCGGAAUUGUAUUAUGAAAAAGUUACAGAUUUGUAUCGUCAUCUUGCCGACGAAAUUUUUAAAACGGCCGAGUCUAAAUACGAUGAUGAUUUUAAGGUUCUCAAUCAUGGUGAUUUGUGGGUAAAUAAUAUUAUGUUCUGUCAUGACGAAGAUACGGAUUUGUGGUAUUUCAUUCUAUCCUCCACCCAGUAUGAAAUAAAGUUAAGGCAAUUUGAUUAUCUUAUUGCCUACUAUCAUCCACAUUUGGACGAGAAUUUGAAAUUGCUGAAGUAUUCGAAGAAGAUACCAUCAUUAAAGGAUUUACAGUUAAUGCUCUACAAGGAUGGAAUAUGGGCCUUUACCACCGUUACCGGCGCAAUGUCAGGCGUUUUAUGUGAUCUCAAUAAAAAUGCGAGCAUUGACAAUAUUGUUGGCGAUACUGAUGCUGGUACCGCAUUGAAGAGACAAAUGUAUUCGAAUUACCGUUAUCGUAAACACAUGGAGGCUAUAUUACCAUGGCUAUUGAAUCGUGGAUUGCUUGAUUUUUAA